AGGGUGUUAACUUCUCAUCAAAGAAGAGCCAAGAGAUACCUGCGCGCUUGAGUUGCCGAGUUCCCUCCAUAUGGAUCCGCAGCUGCAAGAAAUGCGCCUGUCCCCACAGUUCAGUGUUCAGCUUUCGAGAGUAAAAGUGGAACCUCCUGAUGCUGCGUAUCUACACGAACAGGGCCAGAUACAGGAACAGUGCUGCAGCGAGUCUUCAUCGAGAGCCAGUAGUUGCGGUGCGACGGCUGAAAUGUGUGACAUUAAAGAAGAACCUCGAGAGGACUCUUCAAGCGAACGUCCGAUUACACAAGUGAAAACGGAGCCUUACAAUGUUGCAAUCUCGACAGAACAGGACCAGAUGGGACACAACAACUGUGAUUCGUCAUCAGAAGAUGCAACAGCAACCAAAAGUGUGCUCCAUGUAGAGGAUGAGCCCACAGACAUUUGUGAUCGAAUUUCAUCUGCUGGCACCUCUUCAGACGCACGCUUCAAUGUCAGUGCAACGACUGUACAACCUCCAUUCGACAACAGUGUCACAGUCACUCUGAAGGGUCAUCAAACAGAUUCUAAGCCCAAAGACAUUGCCCCAUAUGCGCACGCUGGCGAGAAGCCAUACAAGUGCGAUGUGUGUCCUGAAAAGCUCAGCCAUACCUCAAACCUGCAGCGACACAAGCCUACACACACAGCCGAGAAGCGACACAAGUGCGAUCUCUGCCCCGCAAUGUUCAGCCGCAGUACGCACCUGCGAGAACAUAAGCUGACACACACGGGUGAGAAGCCGUACAAGUGCGACCUUUGUCCUGCAGAGUUCCGCCAGAGCAGGCACCUGACGUGUCACAGGAAGACACACACGGGUGAUAGGCCAUACAAGUGUGAUCUCUGUCCUGCAGAGUUCCGACAGAGUAAUAACCUUCGGUGUCACGAGCGGACACACUCCGGCGAGAAGCCGUACAAGUGCGAUCUCUGUCCUGCAGAGUUCACCCGUAGCUCGAACCUGCAGCGUCAUAGCCAGGCACACACGGGUGAGAAGCGGUACAAGUGCAAUCUCUGUCCUGCGGAAUUCACCCGCAAAAUGCGCUUGCGGGAUCACAAGCACACACACACAGGCGAGAAGCCGUACAAGUGCAAUCUUUGUCCUGCAGAGUUCCGCCGGAAUACGCACCUGCAGCAACACCAGCGGACACACACGGGCGAGAAGCCGUACAAGUGCGACCUUUGCCCUGCAGAGUUCAGCCGGAAUAUGUACCUGCAGCAACACAAGCAGACACACACGGGCAAGAAGCCGUACAAGUGCGAUCUUUGUUCUGCAGAGUUCAGCAGGAAUACCAGCCUCCGGCAACACAAGCGGACACACACGUGUGAAAAGACGUACAAGGGUGACCUCUGUUCUGCAGACUUACGACAGGACAAGCACCUGCAGUGUCUACAAGUGGACACACACGGGCAAGAAGCCGUACAAGUGUGAUCUCUAUCUUGCAGAGUUCACCCAUAGCAUCUCUGUCCUGCAGUGCUUAGUGAGAGCACACCCCUGCGACAUCACAAACAUGCAAGUACAGGCACACACGGGCGAGAAGCCAUGCAGGUGCCGUAUUUGCCCCGCAUAAUUCAACAAGAGCAUCCACCUGCGGCAUCAGAAGGAGCUUCACAUAGGCGAGAAGCCGCAGAGGAGCAAUCUCUCUUUUGCAUGGUUCAGCCGGAGCAUGCGUCCGCGCCUCCACGAGCAGACUCAUGCAGGCGAGAAGCCGUAGAAGGCUGGCUACCAUGAUGCAGAGUUCAGCUAGGGCAAUAACAUGUGGCAUUCCAAGCAGAGAGACAUGGGCAAGAAGCAAUACAAGUGCUAUGUUUUUCAUGCAGAGUUCAGCAAGAUCAUGCACCUGUGGCAUUUUGCUAGCAGAUAGACAUGGGUGAGGCGCCACACAAGUACUAUCUCUGUCCUGCAAAGUUCAGCCUGCGGCAUCACAUGCAGAUGCAUACAAGCGAGAAGCCAUGAAAGGGCGUCCACCAUGCUACACAGUUCAGCUAGGGCAAGAACCUGCGGCACUUCAAGCAGACACACAUGAACGAGAACUCGUACGCGUGGAGACUCUGCAGUUCUGCUUUCCUCCUCCGCAAACACGUGAUGCGCUCCAUGUACACACAUGGGCGAGAAGCUGUACAAAUCUGACUAUCUUGUUUUGUUCAGUUUAAAUUCUCUCCGUAUCAUUAAUAACAUUGAGGAGAUACA